GGUGUGGUAGUGUGCACUGUUGCCUCGGAUCCAGAGAUUCUGCAGGUACAAAGGUGGCCUUCCUCCAUUGCUUCAUCAUCUCAUCAACCUCAAAUACUCUCUCUUUAACCUCCUCCUCCCCUCUCUCUCACUCUCUCUCUACUUAUGCUAAACCUCUUCGCCACUCCAUUAAUUAGUUACUGCUACUAGGCUUGCAACAUAAGCAAGACCAAGAUUUGGCUCCAAUUAACACCUCUAGACCACCCAAUUCUGUAGAGUUAGCUGCUGCUGCUACCUUGUACUCAUGUUCUUGCAUAUUCUUGUACUUCGGUAGUUGCAUGGUACGAAGCUAGCGUUGCUGUCAUGGGUAGGCGGAGCAAAUGGUGGGCGGCGGCGCUCGUCAGGUGCUGCGCGCUUGUCAUGCUGUGCGUGGGCAGCGCCGUCGUCGCCGCCGUGGACGAGCAGGGUGCGGCCCUGCUCGCGUGGAAGGCGACGCUGCGUAACGGGGUUGGCGCGCUGGCGGACUGGAAGGCCGCGGACGCGUCGCCCUGCCGGUGGACCGGCGUGGCGUGCAAUGCCGACGGCGGCGUCACCGAGCUGCGCCUGGAGUUUGUCGACCUCCUCGGCGGCGUCCCGGCCAACCUGGCCGCCGCCGUCGGAGGCACGCUGACCCGGCUCGUCCUCACCGGCACGAACCUAACGGGCCCGAUCCCGCCGGAGCUCGGCGCGCUGCCCGCGCUGGCGCACCUCGACCUCAGCAACAAUGCGCUCACGGGGUCCAUACCGGCCGGGCUUUGCCGGACGGGGAGCAAGCUCGAGACGCUCUACCUCAACUCCAACCGGCUGGAGGGCGCCAUCCCGGACGCCAUCGGCAACCUCACGUCGCUCCGGGAGCUCAUCAUCUACGACAACCAGCUAGGCGGCAGGAUUCCGGCGGCCAUCGGCCGCAUGGCCAGCCUCGAGGUGCUCCGCGGCGGCGGCAACAAGAACCUCCACGGCGCGCUCCCCACGGAGAUCGGCAGCUGCUCGAGGCUCACCAUGGUCGGCCUCGCCGAGACCAGCAUCACCGGCCCGCUCCCUGCGAGCCUCGGCCGCCUCAAGAACCUCACCACGCUGGCCAUCUACACGGCGCUGCUCUCUGGCCCGAUACCCAAAGAGCUCGGCCGGUGCAGCAGCCUGGAGAACAUCUACCUCUACGAGAACGCGCUAUCCGGGUCCAUCCCGGCGGAGCUCGGCGCGCUCAAGAAGCUCAAGAACCUGCUGCUGUGGCAGAACCAGCUCGUCGGCAUCAUCCCGCCGGAGCUCGGCUCGUGCAGCGAGCUCGCGGUGAUCGACCUGUCGAUCAACGGGCUCACCGGCCACAUCCCGGCGUCGCUCGGGAAACUCUUGUCGCUGCAGGAGCUGCAGCUCAGCGGGAACAAGAUCUCUGGCACUGUGCCGCCGGAGCUCGCCCGGUGCAGCAACCUCACCGACCUCGAGCUCGACAACAACCAGAUCACGGGCGCCAUCCCUGCCGAGCUUGGCGGCCUCCCGGCGUUGCGCAUGCUUUACCUGUGGGCCAACCAGCUGACCGGAAACAUCCCGCCGGAGCUCGGCCGGUGCACUAGCCUCGAGGCGCUGGACCUGUCGACCAAUGCUCUGUCCGGGCCGAUCCCACCGUCGCUCUUCCAGCUUCCACGGCUGUCCAAGCUGCUCCUCAUCAACAACGAACUCUCCGGCCAGUUGCCAGCGGAGAUUGGCAAUUGCACGUCCCUCGACCGCUUCCGGGCAAGCGGCAACCACAUCGCCGGCGCGAUACCACCGGAAAUCGGCAUGCUUGGGAACCUCAGCUUCCUGGACCUGGGCUCCAACCGGCUGUCCGGUGCCCUCCCCACGGAGUUGUCCGGAUGCCGGAACCUCACGUUCGUCGACCUCCACGACAAUGCCAUCUCCGGCGUGCUGCCGGCAGGGCUCUUCAAGGAAUUGCUCUCGCUCCAGUACCUAGACCUCUCCUACAAUGCCAUCUCCGGCGCGCUCCCGUCCGACAUCGGCCUGCUCAAUUCGUUGACAAAGCUCAUUCUCAGCGGCAACCGGCUGUCCGGAGCGAUGCCACCAGAGAUCGGCUCGUGCUCCCGUCUCCAGCUCCUCGACGUCGGCGGCAACUCGCUGUCCGGUCACAUUCCGGGGAGCAUCGGCAAGAUUCCGGGACUGGAGAUCGCCCUUAAUCUCAGCUGCAACCGCUUCUCCGGCUCGAUGCCAUCGGAGUUCGCAGGGCUCGUGAGGCUUGGGGUGCUCGACGUGUCACACAACCAGCUCUCCGGCGAUCUCCAGGCGCUGUCCGCGCUCCAGAACCUCGUGGCGCUCAACGUCUCCUUCAACGGCUUCUCCGGCCGGCUUCCAGAGACGGCGUUCUUCGCGAAGCUCCCAACCAGCGACGUCGAGGGCAACCAGGCACUGUGCCUCUCGCGGUGCUCUGGCGACGCAGGCGACCGUGAGCUCGAGGCACGCCGCGCCGCUCGUGUCGCGAUGGCCGUCCUGCUCACCGCCCUCGUCGUCCUCCUGGUGGCAGCGGUGCUCGUCCUGUUCGGUUGGCGCCGGCGCGGCGAGCGUGCCAGCGAGGACAAGGGCGCCGAGAUGUCGCCGCCGUGGGACGUCACGCUGUACCAGAAGCUGGACAUCGGCGUCGCCGACGUGGCCCGCAGCCUCACUCCGGCGAACGUGAUCGGCCACGGGUGGUCGGGCGCGGUGUACCGUGCCAACAUCCCGUCGUCCGGCGUCACGGUCGCCGUGAAGAAAUUCCAGUCAUGCGACGAGGCGUCCGUGGAGGCGUUCGCGUGCGAGAUCAGCGUGCUGCCCCGGGUGCGCCACCGCAACAUCGUCCGUCUGCUUGGAUGGGCGUCCAACCGCCGGACGCGCCUCCUCUUCUACGACUACCUCCCGAACGGCACUCUAGGAGGUCUGCUCCACGGCGGCGCGACCGGUGCGGCCGUCGUGGAGUGGGAAGUGCGGCUCGCGAUCGCCGUGGGCGUGGCCGAGGGCCUCGCUUACCUCCACCACGACUGCGUGCCGGGGAUCAUCCACCGUGACGUCAAGGCCGACAACAUCCUCCUCGGCGACCGCUACGAGGCUUGCCUCGCCGACUUCGGCCUGGCACGAGUCGCCGAUGACGGCGCCAACUCGUCGCCUCCGCCGUUCGCCGGAUCCUACGGCUACAUCGCUCCCGAGUACGGUUGCAUGACCAAGAUCACAACCAAGAGCGACGUGUACAGCUUUGGUGUGGUGCUGCUGGAGAUGAUCACGGGGCGGCGCACGCUGGACCCGGCGUUCGGCGAGGGGCAGAGCGUGGUGCAGUGGGUGCGCGACCACCUGUGCCGGAAGCGCGACCCGGCGGAGAUCGUGGACGCGAGGCUGCAAGGCCGGCCGGACACGCAGGUCCAGGAAAUGCUGCAAGCCCUCGGCAUCGCGCUGCUGUGCGCCAGCCCGCGCCCGGAGGACCGGCCGACCAUCAAGGACGUGGCGGCGCUGCUACGCGGCAUCCGGCACGACGACGGCCCCGACGCGCGGAAGGCCGGGAACGCAGAGCGGGCCGAUGCGAAGCCCAUCUCACCCACCAAACUUAUGGCUCUCACCAGACCGGUCCAAACGCAGGCCCAGGUCCAGGCCCGAGCGAGUUCAGGUUCCCUGGGCCUACUCAACAACCGGGACGGAUAGUUUAGCCUCAGGUGACUUGGCGGGCCCACUAGCAGUGCGAUGUUGACAAUGCAACCUUGUGUACUUUAUUAUUAGGGGACCCGUAGAAAUUAUGUAUGUGUCCUUAUUCACUUUUGAGGUGAGUGCAAGGGGGUGUGUCGUUUUGCUAGGUGCACGCUCUCUGGGUACAAAUGUUGUUUCCUUCUGCAGGGAUUUAGUGAUCAUAGGAUACCAUGUCUAGAUGGUCCAGCAGGGUCAUGACAGGUCAAUAAUUUUGUGUACCAUAAAAUGGGGUAUAAUGCAAUGGAAGUUUGUGUA